ACGUCACGCCGCAGCCUUGGUAAUGGCAAGUGACAGAGGGUGAGGAAGACGAGCCCAAACUUUUCAAGCCGGUAGUAUUUAUCGCUGCAGUUCAUCUUCCAGCUGCGGUUUAUUAUUAUUUUUCUUAUCACUAUUACUAUUAUUAUGAUAAUUAUUAGUAUUUAAGUAGUAGUCUUUGCGGUGGUGUCGCCCGAGCGAAGCAGAAGUCGCCGUUUUUUUUCGCCAGAACCGUCGGACGUCGAAGUGAGCGACUACGCCAGAAGUUUGUUCGAGUAAACAGUGGCCGGAGAGACGAAGCUAUGAGCAACAGAGAGGACGAGUAUGACUACCUGUUCAAAGUGGUGCUGAUCGGAGAUUCGGGCGUAGGGAAGAGUAACCUUCUGUCCCGCUUCACCCGCAACGAGUUCAACCUGGAGAGCAAGAGCACCAUCGGGGUGGAGUUCGCCACGCGCAGCAUCCAGGUGGAGGGCAAGACGGUGAAGGCUCAGAUCUGGGACACGGCCGGACAGGAGCGCUACCGAGCCAUCACCUCGGCGUACUACCGUGGAGCCGUGGGAGCGCUCCUGGUUUAUGACAUCGCCAAACACCUGACGUAUGAAAACGCAGAGCGCUGGCUGAAGGAGCUGCAGGACCACGCGGACAGCAACAUCGUCAUCAUGCUGGUGGGCAACAAGAGCGACCUACGCCACCUCAGGGCGGUGCCCACGGACGAGGCCAAGGCGUUCGCAGAGAAGCACGGCUUGUCUUUCCUGGAGACGUCAGCGCUGGACUCCUCUAACGUGGAGCUGGCUUUCCAGACGAUCCUCACAGCCAUCUACAACAUCGUGUCCCAGCGGCAGAUGACGGGACGCAGCGACUCGGACUUCUCUCCGGCCUCCAACGUGGUGCCCAUCACGGUCGAGCCCACCCAGAGCUCGUCCAAUAAGAGCGGCUGCUGCCAAACCAACUGAGACUUUACCACCGAGUUCCUCCUUCACCUCCAGGCCCACGGAGAAACAGCCAGAUAGACGCAGGACAGGACAGGACAGGACAGACAGAUGGAGAGACAGGGGAAAAGAGGACAGACAGGUAGAGGGAUUCACACGAGGACACCUGUGCCGGGUUUGAUUUGUCUUGUCGUCUGGUGAAGGAAACACACACACACAUGGUACGAAGAGGAGAGGGAGGGAGGAUGGUGAAGAAGUUUAAACAGACAGGACAUGUGCUGAGGGAGGAUUAGUGUCAGUGGACAGAAAACAGGUCAGAUAAAAAGGCCGCUUCAUUGAAAGAGAAUUUAUUUACCGCCUCCUCAGAUAUUUGAGCACAUUAUGAGCUCCCCCUUUUGGUUCUUGUCUCUGUUUCUCUACUUUGACGGCUCUGUUUUACAGGCUAGUAAAAGUUUCCUCUCGGUUUCCACCACUCCUACGAUAUCGGCCCAUAAAAUAAAAUAAAAAAAAAAAAAUCCACUUUCAAGAGACUGAACCUGAAACCUUCUGUCACCACUGUCCUUCCCAUUUAUUUUCUGUUUUUUUUUUUUAGAAUAUUUAGAAAGUUAUGUCCCUCACAAUAUUUAUUGAACACUAGAUGAAGGCCUUGUUUGGCCAAAGGGUUUAGAUUUUUCACUCUGAUUUCCUUUCUCCUUCUUCUUCUUGUUUUUGAUGCUUUUUCGCUUUCGUCCGUGUCUAAGGAGCCGAGUGUUCCUCGCUAAUGGAGGGGGCACGGCCUCGAGUCGUUUUUCCUAAAUGCACAUGCUGGAAUUUGUUGGUGGCUGGUUGGAUCAAGCUGUUGUUCCAGCCGGCCUCUCGGAGCAAUAACAUCCCUCCCCAACAGCGACGUGCAAUUUCUUUUUUGAUUGCUUUUGAUCUUUGUUUGGAGCAGCUUUCCUGCUCUGUGCACACUUUGUGCUCCACAGAUGAGUCAUGCUCCUGCAAGCUUUGCACAGCAUCAGCUCUAAGCGUGGCGGGAUAGCCGCCCUCACUUAGCGGACGGGUUAAACUGGCUCGCGCGUCGGCGGGACGGUGGCUUCGGCAUCGGCUGAUGACCCUUUCUUUCGCCCCCCCGCCCUCAAAGUUCGGGCGCUCUGGGAGACAUUAGGGAAUCGGUUUAAACGCGUGGACGACCCUGUGCUGCCGCCGCCGCUGCUGCUGCUGCCUGCUAGCUGGGAUGGAUGGAUAAUAUUUCAGGGGAUGAGGUAGUGCGGGCACUCAGCCCUGCCCUGCCCCUGUGGUCUCUGAUGUACCCGAGAUGGCUUGUUUUACUGUAAAUGAAAUCCUCCACUGCCUGCUCACCUACUCCCCUACGUCUCUCUACGCUGCAUCUAACUGGAACAGGACUCUGUCUUCUGGGAUCUCCCCGAGGUCUGCCCUCGCUUUCACUUGUCUUUAUUUCCUGUGGAGGGGAGGGGAGGGGAAGGGAGGGGAGGGGAGGGGUGACGGGUGGGGGGGGUGUAUUCAGGAGCCAGGGUUGGGUUCGUUAGUGUCUAAUCGUUUAAUAGAUGAGCAAAGGGAGAGAGGACAGUAGAGUUAGGAGUGGCUUGAUUAAAUCCAAAGGUUAUGGACACAGAUGGUGUUUAUCCUGCUGAUGUGUUUCCACAUCAACAUCUAUCGACUUCACAGCUGGAUGGUGUAGGUUAGGGCUUUUUAAACAUUUAUUCUAAUAUAUAUAUAUAUAUAUAUAUAUAUAUAUGUUCAUUUGGACUGCAUCUGUAUAAAUAAAUAAAUCUCGUUUGUUUUA